CCCGCCAUCAUCUCAUCGAUCACACACACCCAUACGCCGCGAAUCCACACGCAUCUCCCUCUCCAGUCUCCAGUUCUCCACCUUGCCAGCGUCUCUCCACGUACGCCAUGGACGGGUCGGCGUUCCCGUCGCUGUCGCCGGAGCUCCGCGACGCGCUCGCCAAGGUGGCCGUGUUCGUGCUCGUCCAGGGGCUGGUCUACCUCAUCCUCCGCAGCUCCUCCGACGUCUUCUCCAAGGACGGCCGGCUCAGGUCCCUCAGCUUCCGCCCCAUGCGCUCCAUGAGCGUCAGGCGCGUGCUGGCGCCGCUCUCCGACGUCCCCGUCGGCACCGACGACGCCUCUCCAUCGUUGUCGCCCGCCGCGACGUCGUCGCACCGCAAAGCUGCCCGCGAGGAUUGAAAUGGCCGCCACUUCUGGGCAGCUUGCAGUUGCAGGUUGUUCAUCUGGUCCUUAUGGGUUAUAAAUGGGUCUGUUACUAUGUAAUUAAGUAGUACUAUAUUGGAUGGAAUCUUGUAGACAUAUUGGUUGAGCAGAAUUGGAAACACUGGAUUAUUUGAUUCUUUACAGCAACAUGCUUGCUCUUUCUUUCUUCCUGUGAAUAUACACCACUACUUGUAGCCUCUUGCUGGAAACGAGUCAGAAGAGAAAUUAAAUUGCCAGACUGGAUAGACUUCAGCGGCUAUGAUAUGACAGGGACGUGAAAAGUUUAGCUUAUUGACC